AUGGCGAAAAGGCUGAGCCCCAGGGAUCACCUUUACACGGCCGAGCUGUUUACUCGAUCCGUCACCAAUUGGCCAGGUAACAUAGCGCUAGUGUGCGCCCACCAAGCGCCAGACCUUUACGGCAUUCCAAGCGAGCCUACUCCCGAGGUCGAGGGGCAGGGAGGCGAGGGGGAGUCAGAGCGCCUCCCGUAUCUACGAUGGACGUUCCGGAGCCUGAAUUCCGGGGUCGAGCGGCUCAGAGGCGGUCUUGGGCUGCUGGGUGCACCGCCCGGCACGGCUGUGGUGACCUUUAUGCCGAACUGUGCCGAGUUUGUCCUCACCUGGUGGGCGGCACGCGGAAUGGGGCUGGUGAUGGCCCCGUUGAACCCGCGCAGCCUUUCCAACAAGGACGAAGUAGAGCAUCAGCUCGCCACCAUCGUAAAGGGUACAUGCCGUAGGAAGCCGAUCAUAAUGGUCUUUGAGCGAGAGCUUUUGCUAUCGGAACCCCUAAAGAGCACUCCCGGGUUCGCCAAGAUCUUUGUGUCGGGUCAAGCAGCAGCGCAAGCCCCCGAGAGAAAUGAGCUCUCGUUUGAGCGCCUCAUGUCGGCCAAAACAGCUGCCAACGGCGUUGGUCAGGGUCUGCAACCCACCGAUGACGAGAUACUCUUCACAAGCGGGUCGACCUCACGCCCAAAGGCCAUCAAGAUGGAACAUCCCACCCUGUCGCUAGGGAUGAAGGACUUUGCCGACUCGCCCGGCUGCGAUCGCGCACCGGGGGACCUGUGGCUCUCGUUCAUGCCAAACAACCACGGCAUGGGACGGUCGGCCGUCACAUCGCCCAUGUGCUCCGGCGGCGGCGUGGUGUACCCGGGGUUCUACUUCAACGUGGCCCAAGUCGUGGACGUGCUGCUGACCGAGGCCUGCACGCACGCGGCACUGGUGCCGAGUCUGAUCAGGCUCCUGGGCGAAGCCGUCGGCCCGAGGCUCAAACAGACCGCCCGGGCGGGGGGGUCCCUGCUGCGCUCACUGUACCUGAGCGGUGCCCCGCCCACGCCGGCCGACCUCGAGAUCUGCUCCGCCGUCCUGGGGGUCCGGUCGAUCACGUCGGUCUACGGCAUGACCGAGGGCGCCGAGGCCAACACGGCCGGAUGCACAGACUGGUACAAGCUGGUCAACGACAAGGGGAUGCUGUCGGUGGGCAGGCCGCGCAGCCGCGGCGCGUCGCUCAAGGUCUGCUCGCCCGGCGCCACGGGGCCCGACCGACCGCCGCUGCCCAUCGAGACUCCCGGUGAGAUCCACUACUGCGGGCCCUACCGUGGACAACGGUGGCUCGUCACGGGUGACCUGGGUCUCGUGGACGAGGGCGGGCAGCUGUACAUAAUCGGGCGGUCCAAAGACAUGAUCAUCCGAGGCGGGGAAAACAUCGCCCCGGCCGCCAUCGAGUCGCGUCUUGCCGAGAACCCCAACCUCUCCCGGCUUGCCAUUCAGAUCGUCGGAGCCCCCGACCCCAUCGCCGGCCAGGUCCCUGUUGCCGUCAUCGAGGCAAGUGCCGAGAGGCUGAAGCUGGUCGCAAAGGAAAUCCACGACACUGUCCUCGCCAAGAUGGGACCCAUGUUUGUACCAACCCAAAUUCUCCCGCUCCAGGAACUCGGCCUGGCCACUUGGCCGCGAACCACUACGGGCAAGAUCAAGAAGCCGCCCGUGGCAGACGCGGUCGAGAAGCUCUUGAGGCAGCAAGAGGAUUCUGAGUCCCGGAACGACGUGGGUCCCGGGGAAGCAAGAUCAAAUUCAAGCAGAGCCUCGUGAUCAGGAUAUGGUCUCGCUCCGUCGGCCUC